ACCUGAACCCUAUCGCUCUGCCUCUAAGCUGUCCUGGGGCCACCACGCGUGAGCCCGGCCCCAGCUGUGGUCUGGCCACCCUCCUGCAGGAAUCGCUCCAAGAGCUCCUAGGGACACUCGCGGUGGGGAAGAGCGAGGAGAUGAAUGUAGCAGCCAAGUACCGCCAGGCCUCCCUGUAUGUGGGUGACCUCCAUGCAGAUGUCACCGAGGACCUGCUGUUCAAGAAGUUCAGCACUGUGGGGCCUGUGCUGUCCAUCCGCAUCUGCAGGGACCUGGUCAGCCGCCGCUCUCUGGGCUAUGCCUACGUGAACUUCCUGCAGCUGGCUGAUGCCCAGAAGGCCCUGGACACAAUGAACUUUGACACUAUCAAAGGCAAAUCCAUCCGUCUCAUGUGGUCUCAACGUGACGCCUACUUAAGGAAAUCUGGGAUUGGGAACGUGUUCAUCAAGAAUCUGGACAAAUCCAUUGAUAACAAAACCCUUUAUGAACAUUUUUCAGCAUUUGGGAGGAUCUUGUCCGCCAAGGUGAUGAGUGAUGACCAAGGCUCCCGGGGCUAUGCGUUUGUUCACUUCCAGAACCAGAUUGCCGCAGACAGGGCCAUUGAGGAGAUGAAUGGAACACUGCUUAAGGACUGCAGGCUGUUUGUUGGCAGAUUCAAAAACCGCAGAGAUAGAGAAGCCGAACUCCAAAACCAAGCCAAUGAAUUCACCAAUAUUUACAUCAAAAACUUUGGAGAUGGCAUGGAUGAUGAGAAACUGAAGGAAGUUUUCAGCAAAUAUGGCAAAACCCUGAGUGUUAGGGUGAUGACAGAUUCCAGUGGGAAAUCCAAAGGCUUUGGCUUUGUGAGUUUUGAUAGCCAUGAGGCUGCCCAAAGGGCUGUGGAAGAAAUGAAUGGAAAGGACAUAAACGGACAGCUGCUUUUUGUAGGCCGGGCACAAAAGAAAGCAGAGCGACAGGCCGAGUUAAAGCAAAUGUUUGAGCAGCUGAAACAGGAAAGAUUUCGGAGGUGCCAGGGGGUGAAGCUCUAUAUUAAGAACCUCGAUGACACCAUUGAUGAUGAAAAACUACGGAGGGAAUUUUCUUCAUUUGGAUCAAUUACCAGAAUUAAGGUAAUGAAGGAAGAAGGGCGAAGCAAAGGGUUUGGCUUGAUCUGCUUCUCCUCGCCUGAAGAGGCCACUAAAGCAAUGACUGAGAUGAAUGGCCGCGUCUUGGGCUCCAAGCCGCUCAACAUCGCCCUGGCCCAGAGGUCCUAGGAGGGAAAACUUCCAGUGCCUGGCAGUGUUUGUGGCAGGUGGGGGGAUGUUAGUGAUCUCUGCCUGAAUUGGCCUCAGUAAAUUUCAAACCCCAGCUGAUGGCUGCUUAGUUUAUGUAACUUUCUGAUAAAGGUUUUGGACACAAAGCUAUUCUUUUUUCUUUUUUGGAAAGAUAAAUGAAUCUUAGAAGCUUGAUGCAUUUUACAGAGGCACACCUUCUAGUUACAAUAUUGCAUAUUUUUCUGAUUUUGAUGUAUUCACAGCAAAAAGCGUAAUCAGAUAUGUUUAUAUUACAUGUGAACCAACUGAAGUGAGGUAAUUAUUUGAGUUUAUUGCAUGUUUUCUUUCUUAUUUUAAUAAUAUUGCUAGCUUUAAUUUCUUCUAU